GGAAUAUUAUUAGCUGAGAAAACUGGCUCUGAUAGGCAAGUGGGAUAGAAGGUGGUCAAGAGUACAUCUCCAACCGCCGACGUGCCCUUUUUAGCCCUGCAAGACUUGUGAUUGACUGACGGACUGACAACUGACAAAAACGGGCCCCAUUAUAAUCCAAUCCCAUCCUGCUUUUUCUCUCCCACAGAAUUGAACAUUCCCCGAUCAUCGAUCAACGUCUCUUGAACCUCCUACCCUCUUCUUUGAAUUUUGAUUUGGUUCUCUUUCUUCUUUUCUUCUUCACCCUCCCCCGAUCAAACAUUCGCUUGUUUGCUUCAAUUCUCAUUAUUUAAAACUUAAGCUUACACUUCCCCUCCUCUCAUCUCUGUCUCUCUCUCUCUCUCAAUCUCACUCUCACUUCCCCCGUUUAAUCCGGGCUUUCUAUCAAAGAAAAUAAAGACGCCCAUCUUACUUUCUUGUCGCCUUGCCGCGUGUUCAGCCCCACGGCCGUCUAGCUUCCGAAAGCCGCUUCAUUCUUCUAGUCUUCUGCUGGCUUUCUUCUGUCCCCUCACCCUUCGUUCUUUUUUUUCCCCCUCUUUCUUUCUUUCAAGGUGUCUAAACAAAAUACCGCCGAUCUGGCUACCUUGGCUGACCCGAACGAGUUGUUCUUGCCUGGUGAGAGGCAAGACAAUCUCGCUAUGUCAACCCCUGCGGUUCCCCUCCUCAAACCGCCCGUACCUGGCAAUCGCAACAACAGCAAUGGUCCCCGACCUCCAAAGCUCACCCUGGGGAUCCCCCCAUCGCCCAACGCUCGUCCUAUCGCCGGUAACGGUAUCCCGGCUCCAGCGCCCGCCCCAGUCCCUCCUCUAGUCUCCGAAGUGCCCCAGCUCCAGCGUCCAUCUGCCCGCCCGGCGCCCCCACAACUGCGACUUGCAACCCCGAUGGGCAGCAGUAAGGACAUCCCGCAGUCCAAAGGUCGCCCAGCCCCGCCGCCUCUCGCCACCAGUGGAUUGAACGAACCGAAUGGACACUCCCGGUCGGGUAGCUUCAACUAUUUGGAUGGAAAGGCUAGCGGCCCCGCAUCUGCUUCAUCAUCAAACUACUCCGCCCUGUCGUUUGCCAUGGGUCUCCGCCAACCACAUGGUAGCACCCCAGAUCCGUCUUCGGCCAUUAGCUCGGUUUACUCGGACCGGGAGGGUGGUGUACAGAUGGAGCGGGACAAUAGCGUGAACGGAUUAAUCCCGGAUUUAGACAAGAUGAGCUUAGAGAAGGGCAGACCACUAGAUGUCGAUGAUUUGGAUGAUGAAGGUUGGCUUGCCGCCAGUGAACAGAAGAAAAUCGUGGAGUUAGGCGGGUUAGGUGAGGGAGCUGGGGGUGCGGUGACUCGAUGCAGGCUCAAGGAUUCAAAGACCGUCUUCGCGUUGAAGAUUAUUACAACCGAUCCUAACCCCGAUGUGAAGAAGCAGAUCGUUCGAGAACUCAACUUCAACAAGGACUGUGCCUCAGAACACAUUUGCCGGUAUUACGGUGCUUUCAUGGACAAGUCCACCGGCACAAUCUCGAUCGCGAUGGAGUUCUGCGAGGGAGGCAGUCUGGAUAGUAUCUACAAAGAAGUGAAAAAGCUAGGGGGUCGAACGGGAGAAAAAGUGCUGGGUAAGGUUGCAGAAGGGGUAUUGAACGGCUUAACGUACCUCCAUAGCAGAAAGAUUAUCCAUCGAGACAUCAAACCAUCGAAUAUUCUCUUAUGCCGCAAUGGACAGGUCAAGCUGUGUGACUUUGGCGUGAGUGGAGAGUUCGGUACCAAGGGUGAUGCCAAUACGUUCAUUGGCACUUCCUACUACAUGGCACCAGAACGGAUUACUGGUCAAUCUUACACGAUUACUUCGGACGUCUGGUCGCUAGGUGUAACCUUACUUGAAGUCGCCCAGCAUCGCUUCCCUUUCCCGGCCGAUGGAACAGAAAUGCAACCCCGUGCUGGGUUAAUCGACCUCCUUACAUACAUCGUCCGUCAGCCGAUUCCUAAGUUGAAAGAUGAGCCGGACAACAAUAUUCGCUGGUCUGAUAACUUCAAGUACUUCAUAGAAUGCUGUCUCGAGAAAGAGCCCCCACGAAGAGCGACUCCAUGGCGGAUGCUGGACCAUCCCUGGAUGCUGGACAUGAAAAACAAGAAGGUAAACAUGGCGAACUUCGUGCGGCAGGUGUGGGGUUGGGACGACUAGAUUUCUUCCACAGCAUCACUCCUUUGAUUUGCAACAACCCUCCAUGCAUUUAAUUGCCACCCACCAUCAUAAUAUAUCGCAUAUUUACGGUCCCUCCUUACGCUUACCAGUGG